AUGCUCGCACCGCCUAAGCUCAUGAGAGACAGAUCCGAGGGCCAAAAUGUGGUCAAAUCAGCAGGGCAAAUGGCGCCUAUCCGCACUCACAUUGUCCCAGCCGACCACAGGAAAUGCCCCGAUUGUAACGCUAUCCUCACUCCAAGGGGGCUUGCCAUGCACUGGCGUAGGCGCCACGAUCUGAACGCCGUCAAACACCACGCCUGCACAUGGCCGCACUGCAACAUGAGGUUUUUUACCAAGCAGAAUCUGAAUGACAUAGCACCGUCCAUUCAGACGAGAGAAAUUAUGUCUGUGGCACCGCAAGAACAAGCACGGCUACACGCCCACUGGCAGAGGGGGUACCUAUCCCUACCAUUUGGUUGA